AAGGUACAAGAUGGAUUUUGAAGUGAAGAAUUUCAUUGAAGUUGAUUCCAUCAAAAACGAAUUGGCCAGUAUAAGAAACCAGGAUGAAAUUUUAAUGCAGAGCUUGCUUCAGAUAAGUAGAACAAUUCAGAAAGCGGCCUCUGAAUCUAAACCAAUUCCACGCCUAACCUUCGGUCACAAAAUCGUCUGUAGACACGGUCACACAAACUGCUUAGGAUAUACCAGAUCAGAGGAAACUCUGCUACUGAAGAGAACAGACGCAACACAUCAACCUCUAUCAGACUCACUGAGGAACCUCAGAGACCUUACCAGAUCUAUAGAGGACAUGUCUGUCUCUGAUGCUGCAGAUCUCUCAUCCUCUGACACUGACUCGGACUAGAUCUCAUCCUGUUUAAAGUUUUUAGAGCUUUGAACACAGCUGUUGCAAUUUUUGGAAAAUUCCCGAACACCAACACGGGUCUUAAAAAGACAAGAUUGCAAGGCAGUGCUGAUUCGUUAGGUUCAAACAUAAAGUGCCAAAAAGGGGGUUUUCAGCGUAAAGAUGAAAUAACUCUCAUGAAAGUUGUGGAAAGGUACAUUAUUCGGGCACUUACUGCAGUUGAAAGAUCGGAACAGUACAAAGUUUAGUACAAAUACUAUAUUGUACUUUGAGAUUGAUAAUGUUUGUGUUGAGUUGUAUGUUCAUGAAUUUUUUGAAUCGAAUAA